AUGCUGUUGGAUUCAGAACUCGAACCACAGAUUGUUGAUUUCUGCCUUGCGAAACUCAUGGCACGGGAAGUCAGCAGCGUCAUUACCACCGUGAGGGGAGCCAGAGGGUACCUCGCUCCAGAAUGGAUUUUGGGGAGGAGCCAUCACAUCGAAAGUCAACAUUCUCAGUACGGAAAGCUGCUCUUUGAGAUCAUAUCGGGAAAGAGAAACAUCGAGGAGCUGAACAGUGAUAUACGCGAUUAUCUACCGCUCCAGGUAGACAAUUCAGUAGCCAGAGGAGAAGUAGUCUUGCCACUCGUGGACCGCAGAUUGAACGGACGGGUGGAGAUGGAAGAAUUGUGCAGAGCAUGCGAAGUGGCUUGCUGGCAUUAA